AUGGCGAACGUUUAUUUCCCCUACUCCAAGGCGCCUUUGCGCACCAUCAAGGAGAUUCAGUUUGGCCUUUUGUCCCCUGAGGAAAUAAAACGACUGAGUGUUGUCCAUGUCGAAUAUCCCGAGACUAUGGAUGAGCAGAGAACCCGUCCACGAACCAAAGGACCAAACGACCCCAGACUCGGCACUCUCGAUCGACAGUUUGUCUGCGAGACUUGUGAGGAAGGCCAGAAGGAGUGUCCUGGUCAUUACGGCCACAUAGAACUCGCAGUACCUGUCUUCCAUAUUGGUUUCAUUACCAAGACCAAGAAACUGCUGGAGACCGUGUGCCAUAACUGUGGGAAAAUCAAGGCCGAUAUAUCUGAUUCCAAGUUUCAAGAUGCCUUGCGAGUCCGUGAUCCCAAGCGCCGCUUCGACAUGAUUUGGCGCCUGUCAAAGGACGUAGCAGUCUGCGAAGCAGAUCCCCCAGUCGAAGAUGACGAUCCAUUCUCCAAAGAAUCCUCCAAGCCGGCCAAGGCACACGGCGGUUGCGGAAACGCCCAGCCAACUAUUCGUAGGGAAGGCCUCAGCCUGAUGGGAACCUGGAAGCCGAACAAAGCGAACAUGAUGGAAGAUGAUGUUGAAAUGCCCCAGCCUGAGAAGCGGACCAUCACCCCUUCGAUGGCUCAUAACAUCUUCCGCAGCAUUUCGCACGAAGACGUACGGAUAAUGGGUUUAAGUAAUGACUAUGCUCGUCCUGAGUGGAUGGUUCUCACUGUUCUCAUUGUUCCACCUCCUGUUGUUCGUCCCAGUGUCGUCAGCGGCAAGAGUACCAGCGGUCAACGUGCCGAAGAUGACUUGACUUUCAAGCUUGCUGAAAUUAUUCGAGCGAACCAGAAUCUCCAGCGAUGCGAACAAGAAGGCGCGCCCGAGCACGUUGUCCGCGAGUUCGAAGCUCUUCUUCAAUACCAUGUCGCAACGUACAUGGACAACGACAUCGCCGGCCAGCCAAAAGCUAUGACAAAGUCCAACAGGCCUGUCAAAGCCAUUCGUGGACGGCUCAAGGGAAAAGAAGGUCGUCUGCGACAGAACUUGAUGGGAAAGCGUGUCGACUUUUCGGCCCGUACUGUCAUCACUGGCGAUCCUAACUUGUCACUGGAUGAAGUCGGAGUACCACGUACCACAGCUAUGGUUCUUACUUAUCCAGAGGUGGUUACCCCGUACAACAUCGAAUUCCUGCAAAAGCUUGUCAACAACGGCCCUACAAUCUACCCGGGAGCACGAUACAUUAUUCGCGACAAUGGCGAGCGCAUUGAUUUGCGUAUGGCACGGAAGACAAACGCUAAUCUUCUCUACGGGUGGAAAGUAGAGCGUCACAUCAUGGAUGGCGAUGUGAUUCUUUUCAACCGUCAGCCUUCGCUGCACAAGGAAUCCAUGAUGGGUCACCAUGUCCGGGUGUUGCCUUAUUCCACCUUCCGUCUUAACUUGUCAGUUACGAGUCCUUACAACGCUGACUUUGAUGGUGAUGAAAUGAACUUGCACGUCCCUCAAAGUGAGGAGUCUCGUGCUGAGCUUCAUGAACUCGCUAUGGUGCCAUUCCAGAUUGUUUCACCCCAGCGAAAUGGUCCUCUUAUGGGUAUUGUGCAAGACUCCCUGUGUGGUGUCUACAAAAUGUGUCGACGUGACGUGUUCUUGUCCAAGGACCAAGUCAUGAACGUUAUGCUCUGGGUUCCUGAUUGGGACGGUGCUAUUCCUCCACCGGCAAUUCUCAAACCCAGACCUCGCUGGACCGGAAAGCAAAUUAUUAGCAUGGUUCUUCCCUCAGGACUUAACCUUCUCCGUGUUGACAAAGACGGUGCCCCACUUUCUGAAAAAUUCUCUCCACUGGCAGAUGGAGGAUUACUUGUGCAUGGCGGCCAGCUGAUGUACGGUAUGUUUUCCAAGAAAACUGUUGGUGCUUCCGGAGGUGGUAUUGUUCAUACUAUCUUCAACGAGUACGGCCCGGAAGCUGCUGUGUCUUUCUUCAAUGGUGCUCAACGAGUUGUCAAUUACUGGCUUCUGCAUAAUGGUUUUUCAAUUGGUAUCGGUGAUACUAUUCCCGACCAAGACACUAUCGAGCGCAUUGAGGGUGCUGUUCGAGCAGGAAAAGAGGAGGUUGAGCAGAUCGUUGCUAGUGCUACCGAGAACACUUUGGAACCCCUGCCCGGUAUGAACAUCCGAGAGACUUUUGAAAGUAAAGUAUCGCGUGCUUUGAACAACGCUCGUGAAGAGUCUGGCAGUGAGACGGAGAAGAGUUUGAAGGAUCUCAACAACGCCAUUCAAAUGGCUCGGUCUGGUUCCAAGGGUUCCUCUAUCAACAUCUCCCAGAUGACUGCCAUUGUCGGUCAACAGUCUGUUGAAGGUAAACGUAUUCCCUUCGGGUUUAAGUACCGCACUCUGCCGCAUUUCACCAAAGACGAUUAUUCUCCGGAGUCCAGAGGUUUCGUUGAGAACUCAUACCUCCGUGGCUUGACGCCAAGCGAAUUUUUCUUCCACGCUAUGGCUGGUAGAGAAGGUCUUAUUGAUACAGCAGUCAAGACUGCAGAGACCGGUUACAUUCAGCGCAAGCUCGUCAAAGCUCUUGAAGAGCUUAUGGUCAAAUACGACGGAACUGUGCGAAACUCCCUUGGGGAUAUUAUUCAAUUCUUGUACGGAGAAGACGGUUUGGAUGGUGCUCACAUUGAAAACCAGCGCGUGGAUAUCAUCAAGUGUUCUGACAAUCAAUUGCGCGACCGCUUCCGUAUCGAUCUCAUGAACCCCGAGCAAACGCUUGGUCCUGAAGUCUUGGAACAGGCAACUGAAAUUGCUGGCGAUGUUGAAGUCCAGAGAUAUCUUGAUGAAGAAUGGGAAGCGAUUCUGAAAGAUCGCGAGUUCCUUCGUUCUGUUGCUAAGGGGGACGAGGAAAUGAUGCAGCUGCCAAUUAAUGUGCAGCGGAUCCUUGAAUCGGCUAAAACCACCUUCCGCAUCAAGGAAGGCACUAUUAGUGAUCUUCACCCUGCUGAAGUUAUUCCUCAGGUCCAAGCUUUGUUGGAUCGUCUCGUGGUUGUUCGUGGUGACGAUUUGAUUUCACAGGAGGCCCAAACCAGCGCUACGCUCCUUUUCAAGGCGCAGCUUCGCUCGAGAUUAGCAUUUAAGAGACUCGUCACUCAAUACUCGAUGAACAAGCUUGCUUUUAAACACGUUCUGGGAGCUAUUGAAAUGCGUUUCUCGCGUGCACAGGCCCCUCCUGGUGAAAUGGUUGGUGUUUUGGCUGCUCAAUCUAUCGGAGAGCCUGCCACGCAGAUGACACUGAACACCUUCCACUUUGCUGGUGUUAGUUCUAAGAACGUCACUCUCGGUGUUCCUCGUUUGAAAGAAAUUUUGAACGUUGCUACAAAUAUCAAGACUCCCUCGAUGACAGUCUAUCAAGAACCACAUAAGAAGCAUAACAAGGAAUCUGCCAAGCAACUUCGUAGUGCUGUGGAGCACACGAGCCUUCGUUCUGUUACUCAAGCCACCGAGAUCUAUUAUGAUCCAGACAUUCAAUCUACUGUCAUUGACAACGAUAGGGACAUGGUGGAGUCUUACUUCAUUAUUCCUGAGGACGUCACGGACGACGCUGCCCAUCAGUCGAAGUGGCUACUACGUAUCGUUCUCAGUCGUCCAAAACUUCUUGAUAAAGGACUUACAGUUCAGGACGUGGCUUCAAGAAUCAAAGAGCAAUACCCGAAGGAUAUCGCAGUCAUCUUUUCUGAUAACAACGCUGAUGAACAGGUCAUUCGCAUUCGUCAGCUUCACGAUGUCAAGGAAGAUGAAGAUGAUGAGGAUAUGGAGUACGAUGUGACUUUGAAAAAACUGGAACAGCACCUUCUUGACACCCUUACCCUGCGUGGUGUAGCCGGUGUCGAGCGUGCUUUCAUCAAUGAGAAGGAUAACGUGCGCCUCAUGGAUGACGGCGCCUUGUUCCAGAGCAAAUCAGACCCACUUUGCAAAGAGUGGGUUCUUGAGACGAGUGGUUCGGCACUGGCCGAUGUCCUUACCAUUCCCGGGGUUGACAGAAGUCGUACAUAUUCCAAUCAGUUCAUCGAGGUCUUUGAAGUCUUUGGCAUUGAGGCUGCUCGUUCAGCUCUCCUGCGAGAACUUACUCAGGUGUUGGCUUUCGAUGGAUCUUACGUCAAUCACCGCCAUCUAGCGUUGUUGGUCGAUAUGAUGACAGUGCGUGGAUAUUUGACUCCGGUUACUCGUCAUGGUAUUAACCGUGCCGAUAAUGGUGCUUUGAUGAGGUGUUCGUUCGAAGAGACUGUUGAAAUUCUGCUCGACGCUGCCGCUUUUGGUGAACUUGAUGACUGCCGUGGUGUUUCUGAAAAUUUGAUUCUCGGUCAAAUGGCACCGGCUGGUACCGGAGAAUUUGACGUGUAUGUCGAUCAGGACAUGCUCAACACGGUGGUUUCGAGUAACGCAAACCUUGGCUUGACGGGAGCUCUUGGGGCUAAGGACGCAAUCAUUAAUGACGGAGCUGCGACACAGUAUGACAACAAUUCUCCAAUGAUGGAAAAUGGUUAUAUUGGAACGCCGGAUCCCGAUGCCAGGUUCUCUCCUAUUCGACAAGGCGGGUCGGAGACGCCUGGUGGGCUUACGCCUUACCAGCCAUCUGGUGGCUUGGGCGGCUUCAGUCCAGCACCUCAGAGCCCAGGUGGUUACUCUCCAACGAGCCCUUUCAAUACCAGCCCUGUAUCUCCUGGCUAUUCGCCGUCUUCCAGCUAUUCUCCGGCGUCUCCUGGAAUGGCCAUUACCAGUCCACGUUAUAUGACAUCUCCUGGCUUCUCCCCGCAGAGUCCAAACUUCCAGCCAACAUCACCUGCGUAUUCACCUACGUCGCCUGCUUACGGUCAGGCCUCGCCCACAUCACCGUCAUACUCCCCCACGUCUCCACGCUUUUCGCCUUCGUCGCCGAACUACAGUCCAUCAUCUCCCAAUUUCAGCCCGGCCUCUCCUGCGUUUAGCCCAAGCUCUCCGACAUACAGCCCGACGAGCCCAGCAAUUGGUGGCAGCAGACAAUUCUCGCCAUCUUCGCCAACGUCGCCCAAGUAUUCUCCUGCAUCGCCAGGAUGGUCACCCACGAGCCCGGAGAUCUACUCUCCCACCUCUCCAAAUAUCCAUGGGUCCCCGACGUCUCCCAUGCGCGGCGCAACUUCCCCAAGUUACAGUCCCACUUCGCCGCAGUAUAACCCGACAAAGAUGAGGUCCUGGUCGCGGUUUUUCCUUCCGCUGGUGCUGCUGUCGCUGUUGCUGGGCGCACUGGUCGAAUGUCGAAGUCAUUCGACGUCUGUAUCAACAUCGAAUGGUCCGUCUGAGAACUUUGGCAAGGGCACGGAAGACAACACGUUUGCAGGAAACGAUGGCAGAGAUCUCGUGGAAUCCGCCCUACAAAAGCUCCGAGAGCUUAAAAUAUCCCCCGCGGCGAGCUCGAAACCUUCAGGCUUGGUGGGCUACGGCUUGCACUACGCCAAACAUGCAUUCUAUCUUUUAUUUAUGAACGGGCCUCCACUAGAGGACCAGUCGGAUUCGGACUCCCAAUCAUAUCGGUUAGACCCGGAUCUGGCAAAGGCGGUUAACGAGUUGGAGGUUGCGGCAACGGAAACACAGAACCCGGAUGCUAUGUUCUUGUUGGCAGAGAUGAACUUUUACGGCAACUACUCGCAUCCGCGCAACUUUAAGGAGGCUUUUAAAUGGUAUCACGACCUCGCCCUAUCAACCGGCAAUAGCUCGGCGCAAUAUAUGAUCGGGUUUAUGUACGCAACAGGCAUUGGGGGUGCAGUGGAGCGCGACCAAGGCAUGGCGCUGCUAUAUCACAAGUUUGCCGCAGAGCAAGGAAAUACCAGAUCAGAGAUGACUCUGGCUUUCCGGCACCAUAUUGGUAUUGGAACGCAUCGGAACUGCGAUUCGGCUACGCAUUACUAUAAACGAGUUGCCGACAAGGCCAUUGCUUAUUGGAGAUCUGGCCCCCCCGGAGGCUACAACAUGCCUCGGCAGUCAUUUAGAUGGGCGGACGACGAAGGGGGUGUUUAUGGUGAAGGCGCCAGUGUGUCGAGUUCAGGACCAAACGCCAAUAGAGAUAGUGGACAACCGAGUGCAGAAGCUAGUUUGGAAGAUAUCAUUGAGUAUUUGGACCUAUUGUCUAAAAAGGGAAACUUGAAGGCCACCUUGAGUCUUGGAAAGUGGCACUACGACGGUUCAAGGAACCUGCCUCGGAACUAUCGCAAGGCUAUGAAAUACUUUAGAGCAGUCGCAAAACGCUAUUGGACCAAAGACGGCGCCAUCAUUGCAAACCACCCUCCUGAAAUUGAAGCGGCUGCAGCAAAGGCCGCUGGACACAUUGGCUUGAUGUAUCUCCGAGGAGAAGGGGUGGAGCAGAAUUUUGCUACCGCCAUGGCGUGGUUCAAACGUGGUCUUGCUAAUGGAGAUCCUCUGUGUCAACAUGAAAUCGGCUUGAUGUAUUUGCAUGGCUAUGGUGUCACUCAGGAUGCCUUUAAAGCUUCCGGGUACUUCAAGGCAGCCGCCGAGCAGGACUUUGCAGCCGCCGAGACCAGACUUGGGGCUCUCUUUCUCGACCAGGGAGAUGUACAAACAGCUACGAGGUAUUUUGAACUUGCUGCCCGUCUGGGUUGGAUGGAGGCGUUUUACUACCUGGCUGAAAUAGCCAAUUUUGGAAUUGGUCGGGAAAGACACUGCGGUAUGGCAUCCGCGUACUACAAGAUGGUCGCAGAAAAGGCCGAACAAGUUCAUUCGUCAUUUGCGGAGGCGAACAAGGCGUAUGAAAAUGAUGAUCAUGAUACAGCCUUGAUUGCAGUGAUGAUGGCCGCCGAGCAAGGCUAUGAGCACGCUCAAUCCAACGUUGCUUAUCUUCUUGAUGAGCAGCAAUCUGUCAUUUCACUGGGCAAAAUCCUCCCAUGGGCAAAAAAGCGACGAUCAUCGCUUCUCCGGAACACUGCAUUGGCUUUGAUUUACUGGACUCGCUCAGCGCGACAAUCAAACAUUGAUUCUUUGGUGAAAAUGGGAGAUUACUAUCUCAAGGGUAUAGGCUCAUCUGUCGAUGCUGAGAAAGCUUCUACAUGCUACCAUACAGCUGCCGAAGGCCAUCAUAGCGCACAAGCGUAUUGGAAUUUAGGCUGGAUGCACGAGAACGGCGUUGCAGUGGAUCAAGAUUUCCACAUGGCAAAACGCUACUACGAUUUAGCCCUCGAAACCAACCAUGAGGCAUACUUCCCCGUGAAGCUCAGCUUGAUGAAGCUACGUCUUCGUCAUUUCUGGAACCGUAUCACGAACGGAAAAGUGAAUGGCAUUCAAGACGAGAAAGAAAACAGAGCGCCGCGAACCUUCAAGGAGUGGAUCAUCGCUUUCUUGGAAAACGACGAGGAAGAAGCCCUCUACCAGGCCCAGCUACUCAGAGAGCGCGAAGAGAACGGUGACAUUCUCGGCACGCAUCACCCUCAUCGAGCCGAGAAUGACGAUACGGGAUAUUAUGACGAGCUCGAGCUUGAUAUAGACGAAAGUGUGUUCGAAGCGCUAAUCAUCGUCGCUCUGGCCGCAACACUGUUGAUUCUGGUAUACAUUCGACAACGAAAUCGACGAGAUGGCGAGAACGCCGGCAAUGGCCAGCAACAAGCCGCCGGAGGCCAGAAUGGACAGGGAGCCAAUGUUGCUGCUAACAACAACAAUAAUAAUGACCGGGGUCUCUUUCCUCGUCCUGAUCAACCGGAAUUUGCACAGUGGGCUGCAGGGGGGUUUAACUCACCAGCCAUGGGUGAAAGACACGCAAAUAUCAAACGACGUCGUCUCGACGAAGCGACUUCGGCACUGGCACGUCCGUUCAAGUCACCUUUGCGCAAAGAUGGCGAUGUUGACCCAUCUAACAAGAACGACAAGGAGGGCGGCAUGAGCGAUGCAGACAAAUCUUUUCGUGUCGCCACAUCAGAGGACGCUAUGGUUCACAAACCUGUGCUUUCCUCAGCGCCUCCUCGAUACUCCAUAACUCCUCGCCAAUAUAGAGCACCUCUCAAAAUGGACCCGGAGCUUGUCGCUCUCCAGAAAGAGCAAAUAUCACUCCGGUCUCGCCUAGCGACCCUCCGUUCUCAGGUCGACACCGCACAGCAGGCUCUGAGGAUCGAGUCUUCGCCUAGAGACGAGGAGUUGCAAGCCUUGACAGAAAAAUGGAAGAAAGUCAGCCAGAACGUCGCGGAUGAGUUGUUUGUCUCUGCCAAAGACAGGAUCGAAAGGAUGGGUGGCGUUGAUGCUUGGAGAGAGAAGGAGAGGAUGCGAAAAGUACAGAUGAGCUGGGGCGAUGACGAAGGCAGAGAGACUGAAGUACCGGAUGACUUUGAGAGAACUUCCAGUGCCGAGAUCACUAGUUCUUCUUCCUCUACUCCCAAAGAGGAUGAAAAUGCAAGUAUCCUAAUGGCAACCCCAUUUCAUUCGCUAAUUGGUUUCUGA